GCCAGUCACCUCCAAUAGCCUCCAAUCAGCCAGCGCUGCGCUUCCUCAUGUCGUUCGGCCUCUCUUUCGCUUGUGAAAACGGAAAUUGAAGUCGCUGUGCGCGCAAUUGCAUGAAGCGUCCAGCUGUCUCUGAGACCACUUUGAAGCAAGCAUCUACAUUUUGUAGCUCCAACGCGAAAUGGAGAGAACCACGGCAGAUUCAAACCAGCAUCCACCGCGAUCACUCAGGAAUGAAAAUCAUCUAUAGCACAAGGGCUUCUCCAGAAUCAGCUUCCCAGCAACAACAGCAGGAUUCAUCAUGCCCUGAUGCUACUUACCACGUUCUUUUCUGUAUUUUCAGCCAGGCCGUUGAAAUUUGCUGUGGUAGAGGCGGGCUUCAAGCCACUUUCCAAAGUAUAAAUGAGCGGUCCAAAUUCAGGUACUUUUGGUCAACAGAACUCACUCGAAAUCACUCGCAAUGCCUUCCGAAGACGAUGAACCUGACGACAUCCAACCUCAUGGUGAAGAGCUCCAGAACACGGACUUGGAGGAACUCAGAGAUUCCGAAUUUCCCGGUUAUUUCUCUGAGCGCGACGGUCGAUUAUACCAGGCCGACACCGUGACGUCGCCCUACCCGCUCCCAGUAGACACUCCCGAAAACCAGAGACACAGCACACUUCAUAAAGCACUGAAAGAGCUUAUUGAAAACAACUACAUUGGUCCCGUUCAAGAAGUUCUAGCGCUUCAAGAAGGUCAACAGAAAGUCGCGAUCGACCUUGGUUGCGGCAUCGGGGAAUGGGUUAUGGAAAUGGCGAAAGAAUUCCCCCAAGUCUCCUUCUACGGUCUGGACGUGGUCCCGAUUGCGAACCGCUACCCCGAUGAGAAUGUACAAUUUGAGCUUCACGACAUUACUGAGCCCUUGAGGUGGGCCAAUAGUUCCGUGGAUCUCCUUCACGCCCGCGCAAUAUUUAUGACUGUGCGGGAUUAUUCCGUCAUAGUUCAAGAAGCGGCUAGAAUACUCAAGCCGGGAGGCAUUUUUUUGUCCGGAGAGUGGGGUCAAUUUCCUGCUUUCCACCCUGUCCUCCCUGAGGCGCGAGGAAAUCCAGGUGAUCAUGUUCCUGGGCUGGACCGCUUCUAUCGAAUGCUCUCAGAUGUCCUCGCACGUCGAGGUAUUAUAUCUCCUGUAGCGUCCACGGUGCAUGAACGCCUCAGCAGAUCCGGCGCUUUUACCGAUAUCCACGAGCACGUUUACUACAUGCCGAUCGGUCCUUGGAGUCCGGACCCAAUGGCUCAGACACUCGGUAAGCGUAACAGAGUAGCUUUAACGAAAUUUAUGAAUGCCAUUCGUCCAAUUUUUGUGGCUGCCGGGGUGAGCGAGGGAGAGCUCGAACAACUAUACAAUGAAUGUUGGACAGAGAUGUUCGGUAUCUCUGGACUGGUCUCGGUAUACUACUUAGUCUCAGCACGCAAGAUUUGAAUGCUUGAUAUAUUGUUAUACUCCUACUCACUUCCAUAAUCUGUAUUUAUCUGUGAACCACCUGGGCCGGUACAUAGACUGUAGACUGUAGUUACGUAGUACACUGUAUUUAUUUCCCACG